GGGAUUGGUGAGGAGCCUGGAAGGGGGCGGGGCCGCGGAGCAGGGCGCGAUGGCGGCGCUACGAGCCCUGGUCGGGGUCAAGCGCGUCAUCGACUACGCGGUCAAGGUGCGGGUGCGCGCGGACGGCGCGGGGGUGGCGGCGGACGGCGUGAAGCACUCCAUGAACCCGUUCUGCGAGAUCGCGCUGGAGGAGGCCGUGCGGCUGCGGGAGCGCGGGGCCGUGCGCGAGGUGCUGGCCGUGUCCUGCGGGCCGCCCGCCUGCCAGGAGACCAUCCGCACGGCGCUGGCCAUGGGGGCCGACCGCGGGGUCCACGUGGAGGUGGCGGCCCCCGACUACGAGCGCCUCGGGCCGUUCCAGGUGGCCCAGCUGCUGGCUGCCCUGGCCCGGCGCGAGGAGGUCGACCUGGUGCUGCUGGGCAAGCAGGCCAUCGAUGACGACUGCAACCAGACGGGGCAGAUGACUGCCGCUCUCCUGGACUGGCCUCAGGGCACGUUCGCAUCGGCGCUGACACUGGAGCCGGAUGGGCAGUGGCUGCGGGUGGAGCGGGAGGUGGACGGGGGCCUGGAGACACUGCGGCUGCGUCUGCCCGCGGUGGUGACGGCCGACCUACGCCUCAACGAGCCGCGCUACGCCACGCUGCCCAACAUCAUGAAAGCCAAGAAGAAGGCGCUGGCGGUGCUGGCACCAGCAGCGCUGGGCGUGGAGCUGGCACCGCGAGUCACGGUGCUGCGCGUGGAGGAGCCGCCCCAGCGCCAGGCCGGGCUGCGUGUGGAGACCGUGGCCGACCUGGUGGCCAAACUGCGUGAGAGCGGCUGCAUCUGACCCCCCCCCCCCCACAGGUAUGUGAGCCCCCCCACAUCUCCACCCCCCCCCAGCUGUGGGGAAACCAGGCGGCCGGGCCCACUGACCCCCAUCUCUCUCUUGCAGCCCUUGGAUCUGAUCCUGCUGCUAUUGGGGGGGAUAAUCCCAGACCCGACAAGGUGCCUUCCUGCCCCCCCUCCCCUUCCAGGGCAGAAUUAAACCAGCUGGAGAUA